AUGUCUUACGAAAAAUCAGCAUCAUUCUAUCAAACUACUUCUGGUGCAAGUGAACCUGUUAGAGGUGAGUUUAACUUAUUUUCGUCAGAAGAAUCUUCAGAAAUAUAUAAAUACACACGUACAUACAUACACUAUCCACUUUUACUAUUUUUAUGGAUUAUUUCAGGCGGAAAUAGUGUUGCUUUUGAUGGGAAUCUCAGAGGAACUGCUUAUGGUGGAAAUUUACAGGGCAUUGCUUUUGGGGGAGGCUUAGAAGGUGGAACACAAGGAAGUUAUUCAAGCUAUGAAUCCGCAUCUACAACAGGUUAUGGAACUGGAGCUGCCAGAACAGCUCUUGCUGGUGGUGGAGGAACUAGUAAUGAGUACUAUUCGUCAUCAGCCUAUGCUGGACUUGGAGCUGGUGCUCAAGCAAGCAGUAGUGAUUUAGAAACUGGCUUUGCACAGCAAAAUCUUUCAGGAGCAUUUCUAGCCAAUAAUACUGGUUAUAGUGCAAGCAGUUUAGAAGAGCAAUCAUCUUCAUCAACAACUUAUGCAGUUGAUAAUCAAGGUCUCUAUAAAGAUCCUAAUCCAGAAGUUAUACAACGACCAGCUCCUGGUGGUCCACAAACAUAUACUCAACGAGUCCUUAUUCGAUUUUUACAACCACCUGCAGUUCCUCCACCAGGCCCUCUCAUCAUUAAAGAAGUUCGUCCACCUCAACCACCUCCACCUCCUCCACUUUACAUACGACAACGUCCACCACCACCACCUAAAUUACCACCACUUGUUAUUCGUGAAGCUCCACCAAAAAUGCCUCCGCCAGUAAGCACACAAGUUAUAACAAAGAUGCUUGCAGCUAUACCAGUACCACCUCGUUCAGUAAUCAUUGAACGUUUGCCACCCCUACCACCUAAACCACGUGAUAUUAUUGUCGAACGUUGGUUACCUUAUCGAACACAACAGAAACGUCGUGUUAUUGUUCAACGAGCUCCACCUCCAGUCAUCCAAAAACCACGUAACAUUAUCAUUUAUUACGAACCACCAAAGGCUCAAGUCGUUCGUCGAUUUCAAAAUUUGGGUGUUCAACCUGCUAAUCCAGCUGAGUACAUAGCACGUUAUGGCACGCAAUUAGAAGAUUCUCAAACACUUGUUACACAAGCUCGGCAAGCUGGUGUUGUUGAAGAUAUUUCACCUCCUGUUGGUGCAGUAUCAAACUUGCAAUCAGCAAGUUAUCAAAGCUAUCAACCAGAUGGUAUUGGUACUGGUACUGCUAACUAUGAUUUCGUUUCAUCUUCAACCGAUGUUUAUGGUGCUAGUGGUGGUUCAUUAUCAUCUGGAAAUGCUGGUCUUAAUUGGAUUGGAGGUGCUGGUCUUAAUGUGACCGGUGAUGCUGGUCUUAAUUUGGUUGGUGGUGCUGGUGGAGUCUCAUCAGGUAUCUAUCAAUCAUCAUCAUCUUUAAAUAGAACUACUGGCACUGGUGGUUAUAUGGGGGGUCUUGAAUCAUCAUUAAGUGGUGUUGGUCUUGGUCUUGCUGGUAAUGCAAACAAUGUUGUUGGUGGUAGCGGUAGCUAUGGAUCGUACUCAUCACAACAAACAUUUACUCAAUAA